AAGACAAGAGGCUGGGAGAUGACAGGAUCACUCCCAGGUCGAUGCUGAUCGACAGUUUACUGUGUCUGGGAGGAGCCUGGCGCAGUGGAGAAACAUCAGUUAUCAGCUUGACAGGCCAAACUCCGAUAGGGCGGAAAGGCACAAGGAGACUGGCUGCUGAUUCUGAUAAAGUCGGUGAGAGACAGGGCAGAGCUGAACUGCAGCUGCCUUUCCCCACUGCCCUGUCAAACACACACAGACACAGACAGAGACAGCAGCACAAGGUGGAAUGACUGACAACACUCCUCCGACCGGGAAGAUUGUGAACAUAAGGCUGUUGAACAAGAGCACAGAGGGAAUCCUGAUUAACUCUGAUCCAUAGGAAUUAAAGGUACAGGAGCAUGUUCCUCACUGGACAUUUCCCUUGUGAUCUGAAGUUGAGAAUAUUAGAUACAGUCAGAUAUCCAGCUAUUGGGAAGCUCAAGUCUGCUUACAGGUUUUGAACCUCCCAGCUCCUACAAUCCCAGCUGGAAUGAUAGUGAUGUUCAUCACCAACCUCCUGUUCCUGGUGGGUUUAGCAACAGCCGAAGGAGCCGCCCCAAAACCGGGCACCGGGCACCAACAUGCCAAGAGAGGGGAGACCAGCAGAGGGGCCAGGCCCUCGGCUGAGAGCCCAGGGACCAGUGGGUGUACCUACACCUUCAUUGUCCCACAGCAACAGCUGACAGGCCCGAUCUGCCUGAACACCAGGAGCCCAGUGUCCCACAACCACAGUGAGCUCCAGGUCAUACGCCAGGAGAUGAGGGAACAGCAGCAACAAAUCGAAGACCUGAGACAAAUGGUGGAGGUGGACGGGGACGUGCUCAACGAGGUGAAGAUUCUGCGCAAGGAAAACGUCAUCAUGAACACCAGGGUGACCCAGCUCUACACCCAGUUACUGCACGAGAUCAUUCAGAAGAAGGACGACUCCCUGGAGGUUUCCCAACUGGAGAACAUGGUGCUGAACGUCACGGCUCAGGUACUGAAGCUCUCGAGCAAGUACAGGGAGCUGGAGCGCAAGUACACGGCCCUCAGCUCACUCCUGAACAACCAGAGCCAAACCAUCAGUCAGCUGGAACAACAGUGCAGGCUGUGCUCUCAGGAACACCAGCAGAACCAGCAGCACAAACCCCAGGCACUAGGACAGCCACCACUCGUGGCUGUGAUACCCAACACUCGGAACGCUAGCAACAACUGGAGCAAGAGCUUGGUCUCGGGCAACGAAAUACUGAAGGAUCAGGAUUACAGCGUGGCACAGGACAGGCUGAAGAGAAGACAGCAGUCACCUCCUCCCACAACAAUCCCGAUGGCAACGACCAAGACAGCCGGUCCCUGGAAGGAUUGUCUCCAGGUUUUGGAAGAUGGUCACCGAUCCAGUGGGAUCUACUUGAUCAAGCCAACCACCAAUCGCCUGAUGCAGGUCUGGUGUGACCAGCAGGAGGGUCCCAGCGGCUGGACCGUCAUCCAGAGACGGCAAGAUGGUUCGGUCAAUUUCUUCAGGACCUGGGAGAGUUACAAGCAAGGUUUUGGCAACAUUGACGGUGAAUACUGGCUGGGCUUGGAGAACAUCUACUGGCUGACCAAUCAGGAUAACUACAAGCUGCGGAUAGUAAUGGAAGAUUGGCAAGGCAGGAGAGUGUUUGCAGAGUACGACGACUUCCGGGUGGAAGCAGAGGGAGACUUCUACAGGCUGAGGUUAGGCCAUUAUCAUGGGAACGCUGGAGAUUCCUUAUCUUGGCACAACGGCAAGCAGUUCACCACCCUGGACAGAGAUCGGGAUCUGUACUUAGGUAACUGUGCCCACUACCAGAAAGGAGGCUGGUGGUAUUACACGUGUGCCCACUCAAACCUGAAUGGAGUGUGGUAUAAAGGAGGGCACUAUCGCAGCAAGUACCAGGAUGGAGUUUAUUGGGCAGAAUUCCGUGGGGGUGCGUACUCCUUGAAGAGAGUGGUGAUGAUGAUACGCCCAAACCAGAUCCUGCUGUAAACCCCACUCUCUCAGCACUUGUGUCCCACUGCCCAUGUUAUCACCUCUUCAUACUAUAUUACACAUUGUGUUACAGUCACCAUUGUAUCCACAACAUUACAAACAAC